AUUAAUCUGAAAAUUAGCUUCAAUUUAUUUAGUUUCUUUCGAACCAGUAGCCGUUGAAGCGUCGACCAACUAAUAACGAACCCCUCAAACGCUCCCCUGCCGCCACGUGGCAGCCUCCCAAGUUGUUGCCACCCCCUACGUCUUCAUUUAUUUACUAAGCUAAAGCACAAACAUGCAGAGACAAAAACCCUCUCCUCAACUCAUUCUGACUAUCCAAUUAUGUGCUUAAUUUUAUUGAUUAAUUAUAAUUAAUGUUCCUCGUGCGACCAAAUCAAUGGAUUAGACGAGAAGGUUAUUUAAUAAUCCACGGUCGCCCCACCGUCACCGGGAACGUCUUGGGACCAACCAAUGAAUCCCCGAAAGUCGACGGCGGCCGCUGCGGGCGUCUUAUUAUCCGGCUUCCUCCCUUCGAAUUCACUCUUAGAAUCCCUCCUCCGCGUGUCCGACGAGGUGGCGGCGUCUGCGAAUGCGCCGACCCCUUUGUUCCUCCAGUCCCGGAACAUUGCCUCCGCCGCCCGCCGGAUCCGCCUCCUCUCCCCGCUCUUCGACGACCUCCGCCACGCAACAGCGCCGCUACCCCCGCCCGCGAUACUCUGCCUCACCGAGCUCUACUCCAUCGUCCGGCGGAUAAAGGCUGUCAUCGAUGCGCUCGGCUCCGGCAGCGCGCUCUGGGGUCUUCUGCAGACCGAGUCCUACUCCCGCCAAUUCUAUUCGUGCACGAAAGAGCUGGGCCGGGCUCUCGACAUCCUCCCUCUGAGUGGUUUAGACGUCACGGCGGACGCCCGCGAGCAGGUGGAGCUGGCCCACCGGCAGCUCAAGCGGGCAGAGGUGUUCGUGGGCCGCGACGAGCUGCGUUUAAGGGAGGAGCUCAUCGAGGCCAUGGGUAAGAACUACAAAGAUGGCGACGACGAUCGUCGCGACCAUUUAAAUAACUGGGAGAAGAUGGAGGCGAUUAUGCGGACGCUCGGCGUCCGGUCGGCAUUGGACUACGACGAGGAGAUACGGAGGCUCGAGGCUGAGAUUCCUAAGCAGGCCGGCACCGGCGGGGUCGUCGCGGUUUCGAACAUCUACGGCCUACUAGCUCUUGUUAGGCUCUCUAAAGCGAUGAUGUUCGGUAACAGCAGCAGCAGCAGCAGCAGUAGUUCCACGAGUGAGCUUGUUAAACCGGAGGCGGCCGGAACGGCGAUGGCGGCAACAGGGGCAGGGGCGAGCAGUUCGUUGUUGUGUAAUUCUAUCGAAAUGAGCAUUCCGGACGAGUUCCGGUGCCCGAUCACGCUCGACCUGAUGCGCGACCCGGUGAUCGUGUCGUCGGGCCACACGUACGACCGCAGCUCGAUCGCGCGGUGGCUCGACUCGGGGCGGCACAGCUGCCCGAAGAGCGGGAGGCGGCUGAUCCACACGGCGGUGAUACCGAACUACGCGGUGAAGGGGCUGAUGGAACAGUGGUGCAGGGACCACAACGUGGCGGCGCCGUUCUGGGAUGAGGAGCGGGGGCGUGGCGGAGAGGGGUCGGUGGACCACAUUGCGGCGGCGAGGGCGGCGGCGGACGCGGUGCGGAUGACGGCGGAGUUUCUGGUGGGGAAGCUGGCGACGGGGUCGAGGGAGGCGCAGCGGCAGGCGGCGUACGAGGUGCGGCUGCUGGCGAAGACGGGGAUGGACAACCGGCGGAUCAUAGCGGAGGCCGGCGCGAUCCCGUUCCUGGUGACGCUGCUGGGCUCGGCGGACGCGCGCACGCAGGAGGACGCGGUCACGGCGCUGCUGAACCUGUCGAUACACUACGGGACCAAGGCGCUGAUCGUGUCGGCGCCGGGGGCGGCGGACGCGAUCGUGGGGGUGAUGCGGCGGGGGGCGGCGGCGGAGGCGCGCGAGAACGCUGCGGCGGCGCUGUUCAGCCUCUCGAUCCCGGAGGAGCACCGGGGGGCGGUGGCGGCGCGGCCCGGGGCGGUGGCGGGGCUCGUGGAGCUCCUCCGCGAGGGGAGCCCCGCGGGGAAGCGCGACGCGGCCGCGGCGCUGCACAACCUCUCCGCGCGCGGCGGCGGCGGCGGGAGGGCGGUGGGGCCGCUGGUGGGGCUGCUGACGGACGGGGCGGCGGGGGUGGCGGACGAGGCGCUGGCGCUGCUGGUGGCGCUGUGCGGGUGCGAGGCGGGGAGGAGAGGAGUCGGCGGGGAGAGGGGGCUGGUGCCGAUUCUGGUGGAGGUGGUGAGGGAGGGGACGGAGAGGGGGAAGGAGAACGCCGUGAGCCUGCUGCUGGGGCUGUGCAGGGACGGAGAGGAGGAAGUGGGACGGCGUUUGUUGGCGAACCCGAGGAGCGUUCCCGCGCUGCAGAGGUUGACGGUGAGUGGGUCCCCCAGGGCCCGGAGGAAAGCCGAUGCGCUGCUCAGGUUGCUCAAUACGUACUGCAUCCAAUCUCUCAAUCCAAUUGGAUGA